CCCAGAAGCAAUUGUGGGGUGCAUAAGCGGCGUCGCGGAGGUCGACGGUGGAUAUAAAUUUACGACUCGGCAGUGUCGUUUAGUCCGUGAACGAAGUAGGACCUGCACUCCGGUUAGGAGCUAGGUCUGUCGCGAGAGCAAAUACUACACUUAUUGAAGCUGCUCGAAAUAGAAGCUGCUGUCGGUAUGUGGUUUAGUUCAGCGACAAGUCGUCCUAACAAACUUCAAUAAGUGUAAUUCAUCAGCCAGAAGCAUCCCGCCAUGGAAAGUACGUUGAGAGAACUUUCCCUUCUAGAAGAGAAGAGCGCGCUAUGGCGGAAGCAUCAACAAGAGCAGAGUGAGUUGCGGCGAAAAUGUUAUGAAGAGGAACAACGCCGAAUUGAAGAAGAGUACCAGCGAGAACUGGUGAAGAUUGAUGAAGAAUUCCGAAGGGCCGCGCAGAAAAUGAAGUCAGACUUCAGCGCCCAGAGGAGAGCAGUGUUACGGCAACAUAAUGGGGAUAAGGUCAGCGAGGGAACGGUGGAGGAGCCGCAUUCAAAUGACAAAACCCAGCCAAAAAAUGACUGCUCUAAAACAUCGUAUCCAAAAAAAGAUUCUCCAGUGUCUGUUCCGCAAAGCGCCAUCAGCUGUGAUGAAGAGUGUGUAGCACACACAAAGGGCGGAGAGAUCAGCAAAAUAAUACCAGCUGAUUCUACAGCUGUUUCUUUCGUCAGCAUCCGAUCGCUGACGUCAUCGGCCAACAGGAGCAAACGAAUCAGGCGGUGCACUCGUGUAUACGAAAACGUAACAAUGGUCUUCAGUGAGUGUAACACGUACGAGACCAGUGCGAAACAAAACGGAUCGGAUCAACCCGCUCGCCGCCGCCGCGGUAGAAAGCGAGGCGAUCGUCAUCAAUUGAAAACGUUGCUGUUUGAUCCCGGUGGGUAUUGUGUUGCAUCAGUGGAACGAGUCGGCUUGGUUUGGGUGUACCUACCGCAAUCUGCAUCUACGGCGGUACGGUGCUGCCAUCUGUGCUGUGUAGGAAAACGAUGCCAUUCAAGUAUUUGGAAAACUAGUCCGUCACCAGUUCCACGGGGGGGAAUGUUGCGUACAGUUUCAGUACGCUUGCUGCUGAGUGGAACUGGUAACCCAGAAGCAAUUGUGGGGUGCAUAAGCGGCGUCGCGGAGGUCGACGGUGGAUAUAAAUUUACGACUCGGCAGUGUCGUUUAGUCCGUGAUCGAAGUAGGACCUGCACUCCGGUUAGGAGCUAGGUCUGUCGCGAGAGCAAAUACUACACUGUAAGAUUAAAUAUGUAAUAUGAAUUCAUGUAAUAAUAGUUUAAUAAAUUUGCAGUAUUGAAGCUGCUCGAAAUAGAAGCUGCUGUCGGUAUGUGGUUUAGUUCAGCGACAAGUCGUC